UGAAUCAAGCAAACAAUGCAAUGUUGAGAACUGACAAAAAUCUAGUCAAAAAUAUCAACAUCGAAAGUACAAACUUCCCAAAAUAACACGUAAGAUAUCAAACUGAUUCUCUAAAUUUAUGAUAGAGACACAGUACAGAUACAAACGUUGGAUGUAGAUGGAUUUACCUUCGUCAGAAGAAGUCUCCAGGGAAAGAGGAUUUUUCCAUGUGCUUCCGAAAUUUUCUGACUUUCCGAAAAAAAGCCGAAGGAAUGCUGAAAAAAGCUACUCGGUCUUUCCUCGUCCAUGCUCGGCGGAAAAUCGCAAGGAAUUCUACGAUCGAAAACUAUCCGUAGAGCUGACGGCCAAAGCUCGACCAUCUUCGUCGUCGUUCGCGCUUUAACGAGUUUUGACGAGCGUGCGUAGUUAYGAAAUGUUACUUUUCUGCCCUUUCGGAUUUCAAUCUGUAGAACUAAGCUCUAGGCCCUGCGGGCCGAGCAAUGAACGAAUUUAGGUCUUUGAGGACAUCCCAGUAUGUUAGUAAAAAGGUCUAAAUGGAAUUUUAUCGUAAAGUGAUGACAGGCCGUGGUGCUAAUGGCACAGAAGGGAUUGUGCAUGUAGAAGUAACAGUUCUAGAGGACUAUUUUAUUAUUUAUCCUAUGAAAGCCUGUAUUAUAAACUGUCAACAAUUGAUGCCUAGAAGACUUCCUGAUAAUAACACAAAUUUACCAACUAUUCACCAAAAUUGCCAGUAUAUGCUGCUUUUGCCAGAUGAAUUUCCAAGAAAAAAUAUCAAAGGGAUUCAGGCUGGAUUAUUUGAUAUCAAAGAGAAACAAUUAGAACGAUUGACUUUGAUGGGAUACGAACAUGUAGUUGAGGUAUUUAAUCACCGAUGUCUGCCUUUGGAACCUACACGUAUCCCUAAACAUGUCUCAAAGUACAGCAAAACCAUUCAGCAAAUAAAAUCACCAACAGAAUUAUCCGAUCAGUUAUUUGGUGUAGGGGGUGAUCACUCAAGCGAUAAGACAAGGCCUGAAUUUGUGAAAUUGAAAUUUAUCACAGCUGAUGAAAAUGCCCAACGUGAUGUCCUUGAAAUAUGUGACAAAGGUGAUGUCUUGUAUCCCCGUGGCAUAUUGUUGCAUGGAAAGGAAACUAAGAGCAAACAUAAUGGAAAGGAAACUAAGAGCAAAUAUAAUGUCAAAGUUAUUGGGAGCUAUUCAUGUAAAAAGGGCAAAAUCACCUACAAGUGCAUUUUGGAUAAAGAUAUAAAUUCUGGAGAUGAAAUUGAUCAUGGUAAAGAGGAAAAUGCAUAUUCAGAACAUGCUAAAGUCAAUCAAGCAAAUGCAACGAAUACAAACAAUCCAGUAUUAGCUGCAGCCAACAAUGGACUAAAAGGACUCGGAGCAGAAYCUGUUCCCUCUGGGAGUGAGGAACCAGGUUUUCAACUUGAAGYUUAUGAACGUGAACCUCAUGCCUUGGGAAAAAAAAAACCUUUAGAUAAUGAAAAGCCUUCAUCAACUCAAAAAGAAGGUGUUCCUAUUGGUGUUGGUGCCACGUUGUCUGACAGAGGAAAUCUUCAACUUGAUAAUCAAGCAAAUGCAAAUAAAACAAAUAAAUUAGGAGCAGUUGCUACCAACGAACUAAAUAAUACAGUCGGCAAAACAGAAGGUGGUCGCUCUGGGAGUUCUGAACAAUUUGAUAUUGAUGAGUGUGAGCCUUGUGCCUUGGGAAAAAAUGCCUCCAAAAACGUUAAGCACCAGACGAAAGUAGCGAUUAUUCAACAUGAUAGUUCUGAAAAAGAAGUUUUCAAUGAAGAUGUUAAUAAGUAUGCAGCUUCCAGUUUUUCAGACCAUUCCUCAUGCAGUGACGUCGAUUCGAGUUCGUCGCCAGUGGACAAAGUGUCUAAACUACAUAAAAUUCGAGAGGACAUUGAAAGCCAGCGGGAUGAAGUGAAAAAUUUGCUAGACCCAGAAAUAAUGACUGAAGUUAAAGACAUUGUGACCAGCAUAAAAAAAGAUGGAAAAUGUCAGAAUUCGCCGACUGAUGAUCUUCUUAAAGAGCUGGAAAAAUGGUAUAAACUCGUUGAAGCCAAGGAAGACUGGAGUGAUACCCGUAAUGCUUUGCAAGAGAGAGAAGAAAGUCAUCGGCUUUUAGACAAAAGACCGUUUUAUGAUGUAGGGCAGCAGGAUUUAGCUCGAAAAUUAAUUGAUGAUAGAUGUGCUCAUCUGCUAUUAUUAAUCGACAAUCAGUUGCGUAAACCGUCGGCUGAAUUUGCCGUUUAAUUCCAGUGCACGAUCUGCGAGAUGCAUUGGUCUCCUUUUUUGAUACUGAUUCUGUAGUAUUUUAAGCUUUUACUUUUUAUACUCUUAAGAAUAUUUUAUAGAAGCUAAACAACUUUUAGUUUAUAUUUUAUAAUCCUUUACAUCUUUUGCAUCAUUAAAUGUUUAGAAAAAGGAAAAAAAAAAGGAAAAAUAUUGGCAAGUUUUCCCAUGUUUUCCGAGAUCCAUAUCCAUUGAGUUAUCAGAUUCUUGGGUAUCUUCCUGCAGUUUUGAACAGCCGAUUGACCAAGUUUCUUAUUUGUAUAUAUUUUUAUAACAUAAGGAUGAUGGAUUAGCUUAUCGUUUCGAUAAAUGCUUUAUCAAACAUAGGCCUAGGUCAAACGUCGAACUUAUUUUUGACGUACCAAAUUCAAGUUAAGCUAAGUUUAUUGUUAAGGCACGUUUCAGACGUCGAUCUUUUGUCGAGUCUAAUCUAAUUGGAGUUUAGUUUAUGAGCAUUUUGUACUCUAAUUUUAUUGAAAUUAGUAGAUUUUGUUCAGUUGGACAAACUUACUAUAAUCUGUAAUUAUCAAUCGAUGUAGACUGCAAACUUCUAGAGAACUGCAUGUAAGCAAUUAGUUAGACGCGGCAAAAUAUCGACGUCUGAAACGGACCUAAAUGCGUCAAACUCAUUGUUUUUAGCUCGUUUGCAUCGUACUUUUUUUACUAAAUUAAAACUUUGAAUAUUUUCCAAUUCUCUUAGAUUUAUGUUUUUGAAAUAUAAGAGCUACAACUCGACAGUCAAUAUUUCAGGGCUUUUAAAAAGCUCCACUAGAACGCCCUUGAUUAUCCUUGACGAAUGAGUUUGCAAAUAAUUAUGAUGAUAUGUAGAUAAUGUUCUUUUCAACUAUCAAUUGUAAGCAAGAAUAAAUUGUUAAUCGAAGUUAA